AUGGUGGACUUCAACACCCUCCUCAAGACAGCUUCCUUGACGUUCCUCCUCGGUCCUGGUGCAGAGCCUAUGCACACCCAUCCUGCGAUCUUCGAAGGUCUCUCCGCACCACUCUCGGCCAUGGUGUCGAAUGGCAUGCGAGAGUCACACGAGCGGACUGCGACAUUGAGCGAUAUCGACCCUCAAACCUUUGUCUUGUUCUCUGAAUACGCGUACACUGGCAUGUACCGUGCGCCACCAAAGCAAGGAGAGUCCGCUGUCGGAAUUCGCACACCGCGACUAGUCUACAAACAUUGCGGCUCAUGUGGCCUCAGAAGGAAUGUCUAUGACUGCAACGCCAAGGAAUGCGUUUACGACGGCAUACUGAUCACCGAUGACGAUACCCUGUACUUGUGUCUGUUGUGGCGGUCUGUUGCCGAAAUCUCCUGA